UGUUUUGUGGUUCACAAACGCUGCCAUGAGUUCGUCACCUUCUCCUGUCCUGGUGCUGACAAAGGACCCGACACAGACGACCCCAGAAGCAAACACAAGUUCAAGAUCCACUCAUAUGGCAGUCCCACCUUCUGCGACCACUGCGGCUCGCUGCUCUACGGCCUCAUCCACCAGGGGAUGAAAUGUGACACCUGCGACAUGAACGUGCACAAGCAGUGUGUGGUCAACGUGCCCAGCCUGUGCGGGACGGACCACACGGAGCGCCGGGGUCGCCUCUUCCUCAAGAUCGAGGUCAACUUGGACAGACUACACGUCACAGUGGGUGAAGCCAGGAACCUGAUUCCCAUGGAUCCAAACGGUUUAUCAGACCCAUACGUUAAGCUCAAGCUCACCCCUGAUCCGAAGAACGAGACCAAACAGAAAACCAGGACCAUCCGCUCCUCUCUCAACCCCUGCUGGAACGAGUCCUUUACCUUUAAACUCAAAGCAUCAGAUAAGGACCGCCGUCUGUCCAUCGAGAUCUGGGAUUGGGACAGAACCACCCGGAACGACUUCAUGGGCUCCAUGUCGUUUGGAGUUUCUGAGUUGCUCAAAGCUCCCCACUGUGGAUGGUACAAGCUGCUGAACCAGGAGGAGGGCGAGUAUUACAACGUCCCCAUCCCCGAGGUGGACGACGUCAACCUGGAGAUGCGGCAGAAGUUCGAGGCCUGCCAGUUAAAUAUCCACUAUCUAAAGAAAGCCAAGCUGGGCCACGGUAAGAAAGUGAUCACGCCGUCGGACCACCGGCGGUUCAGCCUGCCGUCCGGUAACAUGGACCGAGUCCGACUCAGCGACUUCCACUUCCUGGCCCUGCUGGGGAAAGGCAGCUUUGGAAAGGUCAUGCUGGCAGAGAUGAAGUCAACAGAGGAGCUGUACGCCAUCAAGAUCCUGAAGAAGGACGUGGUGAUCCAGGAUGACGAUGUUGAAUGUACCAUGGUGGAGAAGAGAGUUUUAGCCCAGAGAGACAAACCGCCGUUCCUCACGCAGCUCCACUCCUGCUUCCAGACUGUGGAUCGGCUCUACUUUGUGAUGGAGUACAUCAACGGGGGGGACUUAAUGUAUCACAUCCAGCGUAUGGGAAAGUUCAAGGAGCCACAGGCUGUGUUUUAUGCUGCAGAGAUUGCUGUCGGCUUGUUUUUCUUGCACCGAAAGGGAAUCAUCUACAGGGAUCUGAAGCUGGAUAACGUGAUGCUGGACUCUGAGGGCCACAUCAAGAUUGCAGACUUUGGUAUGUGUAAGGAGAACAUGUAUGACGGCAUGAGCACGCGCACCUUCUGCGGCACCCCGGACUACAUCGCACCAGAGAUUAUAGCAUACCAGCCAUAUGCAAAAUCAGUGGACUGGUGGGCUUAUGGAGUUCUUCUGUAUGAGAUGCUGGCAGGACAGCCUCCGUUUGACGGAGAGGACGAAGACGAGCUCUUCCAGUCCAUCAUGGAGCACAACGUGUCUUACCCCAAGUCCAUGUCUAAGGAGGCCGUGUCCAUCUGCAAGGGACUGAUGACCAAACACCCGUCGAAGCGUCUCGGCUGCAGCUCUGAGGGCGAGAGAGACAUCAGGGAGCAGGCCUUCUUCAGACGCAUCGACUGGGAACGCCUCGCCAACAGAGAGAUCCAGCCGCCCUUUAAACCCAAAGUGUGUGGCAAAGGAGCAGAAAACUUCGACAAGUUCUUCACGCGUACGCAGCCCGUGCUCACUCCUCCCGACCAGCUCGUCAUCGCCAACAUUGACCAGAGCGAGUUUGCCGGCUUCUCCUACAUGAACCCUCAGUUCAUCCAUCCGUCCCUGCACAGCGUGGUAUGAGGAGAGAGAGAGAGAAAGAGAGAGAGAGAGCAGGAAACACUAAAGCAUGGACUACAGGAUCCUUCCUAACUCCAACUAACAUCCCGCUUUCUAAAGACUCAUAUCACCCUCUACAGUAUUCUGACUACUCGUUAUCGAUGUGUGUGUGCAGAAGUGACUGAGGAAGGGGUAGCAAAGUGUUAAAGACUACGGUACGUCUGGUGGCUGGAAAAAGAACAUAGCACUGAUAUUUUGCAUCAUUUUUCCCAGGCUUCUCAUAACAUGUUCUUUAUUCGCUUUUUCUCAACACCUGCCGCCGUUAUUUUCUUGUAAACAAAUGUGUUUAUCAGUUUAUUAGAUAUUAAGGAAAUCAAAAGAUAUUUUUCCAUCUCAUCCUCGCGACUCAUGUUUCCCACCUUACUGCGCAAAAAAAGCUGCAACGCACGACAGGAAUGGAACAUGUUUUUCUGCUCUGUCUUGGCUUUAUCUACUUCUGAAGUGCUGAUAGUGUAUUUUAUAUUUAUAUACAACAACAAAAAAGAAGUAGUUACUGUUACACGAGUGCCAAAGUACUGUAGAAGUGGAAGGAAACAGAUUUCGUUUGCAUUUUCUGAAAUUCAUUGAAAUGAUUUUACCCUCUCUGGCUUCCCCCCCCCCCCCCCCAAAAAAAAAAAUGUCCGCACAUGAAAAAUCCCCAAACUAGGGACUGUUUCUAUAUCUGUUGUUUUGUAGGAAGUUUACAGACAGUGUUUUAACUCUACAUGGUCAAACAGAAGCACAUUAAGCUAAAGGUUACAAGAUGUCAAAGCCGAGGUUAAAUGCAGGAACGGGGGGGUCAGAAAACGGUGGCUCACAUAGACGGUGUUUGAAAAGUACCAAGAUGCUUUUUCCAUAUGCACAAAGCUGUUGCAUGCUUAUUUUUUCUGACUCUGUACGAGCAGUAGACGCUAGGAUGCAGUACACGUCUGGUAUCACUGUAAAGUUUAGUAUUAAUGAUAUAAACUAUGUUAGCAUAUAAUUGUUGUAUGUUUUUGAAGAGAGUUUUUUUUUUUGUUCCCGUUUUAUGUCCUGCUUUACUCAGAGAGACGUCCAACCCCCUAUUCUAUGUCGAGCGUUUUAUUUUGUAAAUAUGUUUUCAAAAAGAGAAGUUACUCGCAGAUUUUAUACUACCAACUGAAUGUGCUUUUACUACCGUAGACAGUUUGAAACAUUUCUAUGUUUAGACGACCCCUGAGAAGUGAAACGUGUGGCGGAAUCUUUGGUAGCUUUGGUAUCAGCAAAAACCUUGUUACACGUGUUUCCACUAUCUAUCUGUUUGUUUUCUACUACUCAGCGUCAUGGCGAUUAUGCAGCAACUACCGCGUGUGAAACGUUUGAAUGCCCUCUUGCCUUUGGUCGUCUCAGGACCGACUCCUUCUGUAACAAAAUGAAUCCAAACGGAUUUUUAGAGCCGUCUUUUCUUUCUUGCAUAUAUCGUGUGCAUGCAUGAGGCGAGGCCUGAUCUAAGCAUGAGAAAGACCCCCCCUGCAUGUUACAGAGACCCCCCCCCCUCCCCUUCUGGUGUGGAGCAUGGAGUUACCCCACAUAUAGUCAUGCAGAAUGAGACAAACCCGCCCAUCGUCUCCUCUUAUUCGCUGUAAUGUAGCCCGACCUGUUUGGCUUUAAGCGGAAUUAUUAACAGAAAAAUAUCUGUAAAGAGAAAAAAAAAAAAAAAAGCUUCUGUUAUUUUCUGUUAACUGGUGCCAAACUGUUUCUUUCCAGUCAGGUGUGUCAAGCUGUGUUUGUUUUUUUCCAGAGGCACACAAAGCUACAACAACAGUGAGGUUUCAUAAAACUGCCAAAAUUUCCAAAGCCUGCAGCGCUCUGAUUAGUUCCUUCACGUGUAGAUUGAAGCUGCAGCUGUCACAUCCGGACCAAAAGGAGGUUUUUAAAUGCUUAGAGAAAAGUGAAUGUUUACAUGUCUCACAUUGAGAAGCUUUAUCGGAGGAGAGGAAACAAACCCAAGAAACACAAAGUCAGACCCAUGACAGGUGAUGAAAUGUCAGGCCGGUCAGGGUACAGAACCACUACAGGCUACACUCACAGCCACAGGGAUGUUUGUAUGUGUUUCUUUUUCUGUGCCCCUGCUUUUGUUUACCUGAUUCUUCUUGUUCCUCUGUUCAUUGUGGUAUGAUGGAUACUGUGUAUAAAUAAAGUAUGAAAAAUAUUCA